AUGUUGCACAGUUGUAAACUACUAAAAAAUGUUCCAAAAUACACGUUUAUAGGAACGAACAAACACACUUACACAGCAAAUAUUGACUGUAGAAAUGGCAAAUAUCUCAACAAUAAGUGCUAUGUGACGAGUUUGAAUAACAAAAAUCAACUGAACGUAAUUAAAAAUGUUAGAAAUUUUGGUUAUAACAACUCAAACUCCCAGUUUGGAUACUUUGGGCUCAGAAUGAACACACCUUCUGACCUACUUAAAUUGGCCACCGACGCUGUAAAAUAUUCUGAAAAAUCAGUUGAAAAUUUAGUAGAUUACUAUAGUAGUUGUAAGAAUAGUGGAGAUUUUAGAGAAAAUGUAUCAAAAAAGGCACUGUAUGUGAUCGAUGAUAUAUCAAACACACUGUGUUCAAUAGCAGAUCCCUCAGAGUUUCUAAGGCACGUUCACGAGAACGAUGAAUGGCGGAAAGUGGCAAACGAAUGCAUAGAAAUCAUCUCAGACUUCAUAGGAAAGAUAAAUAUAAACAAGAAAAUUUAUGAGAUAUUGAUAAAUGAUAAAAGUGACUUGAGCAAAGAUGAGGAGUUGGUACUGAGUCACAUGAUAGAGUCAAUGAAGUCACAAGGAGUUCAUUUAUCGGAAUUGCCACAAAUUGAAUAUUUGAAACUGUUGAAGGAGGAGUUGAUGCUAAGCUAUUCGAUAUUUGAACUAAGUAGUAAAAAUCAGCACCCAUACAAUCAAAUAUUGAAAAAACAGUUGAUGAUUUAUAUGUACAGGAACGCAGAAAACCCAGAUUUUAGAAAGCAAGUAUGGCUAUCGCAACGUAAAAGCAAUCAAGAAAGUUUGUUGAAAAUAUUGGAACUGAGAGAUACAAGGACGAGAUUGUCACAAAUUAGAGGAUUCGCAGACUACAGAGAGUACGCACAGAAGGAGUGUAUGCUGAAUAAAAAUAUUGAGGAAUUUUUAAUUAAUUGUUCAAAUUCAAUCAAGGAUCAACUAUAUAGUGACUUGGAAGAGUUAUGGAAGUUGAACUCAAAGAGUGCACAUAAUAAGAAUGGCACUAGCUUGAAUCCAUGGGAUAUAGACUACUUGGUUAACCUGAAAAGAAAUGAGAAUAUUAUAUUCUUGUCAUUGAAAACGUUGAUAGAUUAUUUUAAAUACUUAUUAAAAGAACUGUUUAACAUAGAGUUGACAGAGGAUGAUAUAAAACAAGAAUCAUUAUGGGAUGAUAAAAUCAUCAAGUACAAUCUGGUACAUGAUAAUAGAACAGUAGCGAAUUUGUAUUUGGACCUGUUUGAAAGAGAAAGUAAAACAACGAUGUGUGCACAGUUUACAAUAAGAUGUUCAAAAACAUAUAGUAAAGUGGACAAAAAUGGAGAAAAGUAUAUAAGUAAGAUAAUGAAUCCACGUAAUUAUGAGGAGCAUGAAGAUAAAUUGAUACAAAUACCAUCAACAGUAGUAACAACAUCAUUUACAAGUGAAGAUAAAGGAAAGGGGAUGAAAUUUAAUGAUAUAAAAAUAGACUUACACAACUGUGAAAUAAUAUUCCAUGAAUUGGGACAUACACUGCACACAUUGUUGAGUAAAACUGAGUUACAGCACUUAUCAGGGAAUAGAGGACCAAUAGACUACGCAGAGUUCUCAUCGCACCUAUUUGAACUGUUCUUUCAGAAUCAUGUUGUGGAAAUGAUGAAACUGGAAGGUAUAAAUGAGACAUUUAAUGAAAAGGAUGUAAUGUAUUAUAAAAAGUUUGAAUCAGUAGACCUGGCAAGAAUGAUAAUAUCAUCACAAAUAGACCAAAGGUUUUAUGACGAUAAAUAUAAGUAUGAUUGGAUGGAAAUUGAAAAUGGAUUGAAUUAUAAGGAUAUAUUUCAAAAUUAUAAAAACUAUUUCAACGAAAAGUACGAAAAAUGGAAAAAUGAUGAGGAAAAGUGGAAUGGAAAAGAAACAGUAGUGACACUGCUGGGACCAAUAGCUAUAACAAACUUUGAUCAUCUGAUACACUACGGUGGAAACUAUUACUGUUACCUGUACUCAAGAAUCCUGGCAAUAAAAGCGUAUAAGUCAUUUAAAAAUAAAAGUUAUAAGGAAAUUGGGAGUAGAUUACUGGAAUUCUUUAAAAAGGGGUCCAUAGAUUCGUCACUAAGCCCAAUUAAUAAGUUGGCAGGAAAGGAUUUAAACGAAGAAGAGAAUACAUUAUUUUAUAAAUAA